AUGGAGACACAGGAACGGUCAGGCUCUGGCAAGGAGAAGAGCAAGAGCGGAAAGUCCAAAUCAGGAGGUUCAGGCGCAGGAGCAGCAAUGGAGGAGGUAGACAAGGACGUGAGCAACUUCUUGGUAAAGAUGGAACGCGGCGGGAUGAUACAGUCGUUCGGCUGCGUCCUAUUGGUUGAAGAAGGGACGUUUCGCCUCUUGGCGUACAGUGACAAUGUACCCGAAGUGCUGUGCCUUCCGCAAAAGUCCUCCGCCGGUACGGCUCCUCGGGCUCGUGAUGGACCGGGACCCCUCGGGUUCGUGAUGGACCGGGUAAUGCGCGCCAUCAACCGCUCCAACCGCGCGCUCCUCCGCUCCACCUCCCGCUCCGCCAGAACCCCCGCCGCCCCUCUGCCAGGGGGGGCCAGCGACAGCAGCGCGGCUAACGGGGGAGCGGGAGGGGGGAGCGGGGGAAGCGGUGGCGGCGGAGGAGGGGGAGGGGUGGGGGUGGGGGUAGGGUGCAUGUCUCUGGACGAGCCUUGCUCUCCCUCCUCACGCCCCUCCUCCGCUUCCGGGCAUGGGAAUGAUCAUAACGCUCCCCCCAGCUCCUCUCUCCCCGGGGAAGUCGACAUUUCGAAUUCUGUCCCGCGCCCCACCUCCUCCUCUCCUGCCCUCUCCUCCGCACGAUCGUUUUCCAUCCGACGGCUGCUGUCGCGGUCGUCCGCGGGGGCGGCAGCUUCGGAUCCGGCAGAGGGUACGGGGAUCGGCAGUCCCAAGGCGAGCAUCAAGGGGAAUCCCACGGGCAGAUCGCCCCGCACGUCUGCUGACUUGGCUGCUCUGCAGGCUCUUGGUGGGUGUGGGCGAAACAGGUGGGUGUGGGCGAAACAGGUGGGUGUGGGCGAAACAGGUGGGUGUGGGCGAAUCAGGUGGGUGGGUGUGGGAGAAACAGGUGGGUGUGGGUGGGAGAAGCAGGUGGGUGUGGGCGAAAGAGGCCUGGGGCCAGACGCGCGCAUUCUCUUCACCCCUGAGAGCGUGAUGGCGCUGGAGAAGGCGAUGGGGGCAACAGACACCACCAUCCUUACACACCCACUCGCUGGAGAAGGCGAUGGGGGCGUGGGACAUGGCUCUCAUGAACCCCGCCUGGGGUCAGAUGCGCGCAUCCUCUUCACCCCUGAGAGCGUGACAGCGCUGGAGAAGGCGAUGGGGGCGCGGGACAUGGCUCUCAUGAACCCCGCCUGGGGCCUGGGGUCAGAUGCGCGCAUCCUCUUCACCCCGGAGAGCGUGACAGCACUGGAGAAGGCGAUGGGGGCGCGGGACAUGGCGCUCAUGAACCCGGUGCUCGUGCAGUCCUCCCUCUCCUGCCGCCCUUUCUAUGCCAUCCUGCACCGCCAAUCCUCCUCCUCCUCCCCCUCCACCACCGCCGCUGCCGCCGCUGCUGGUGUGGCAAACGGCAAUGGGGAAUCCAACGCUCCUACGACUAGCAGCAAGGUCAAGCGCGGCACAAUUUUAAUUGACCUCGAGCCGAUUCUUCCCUCCGACCCGGCUGUGAACGGUGCUGGGGCUCUGCACUCCCACAAGCUCGCCACCCACGCUGUCUCACGCCUGCAAGCCAUCCCCUCUGGAAGCAGCCUCGAUUUACUCUUCCAGGCGCUGGUAGAGGAGAUUCGGCAGCUCACAGGGUACGAUAGAGUCAUGGCGUAUAAAUUCCACGAGGACGAGCACGGGGAGGUUAUAGCAGAGGACCGGAAACGCCCCCUAGAGUCUUAUCUCGGACUGCACUACCCCUCCACGGAUAUUCCCAAGGCGUCCCGGAUUUUAUUCUUGAAGAAUCGGAUCCGCAUGAUCUGCGACGCGAAGUCGAAGCCGGUGAAGGUGGUGCAGGAGAGGGGGUUUCUGAAGCAACCUGUGAGCCUGUCGACGUCCACGCUGCGGGCGGUGCAUGGGUGCCAUGCACAGUACAUGCAGAACAUGGCUAUCUCCGCGUCUCUCUGCCUGUCUAUUGUUCUCAGGGACCAGGAGGCGUUGCCGGCGGCGAUUGGCGGGAGAGCGGGCGGGGGCGGGGCGGAGGGGGAGGAUGGGGGAGGACGAGGGGGAGGUGGGUUGAGAGCGGUGGGAUGGGAUGCUGGUGGGUCGAGAAGGGGGGUUGUGUGUGGAGGGGAGGCGGGUGUGGGGGAUGAUUGUGGGUUGAGAGCGGUGGGAUGGGAUGCUGGUGGGUCAAGAAGGGGGGUUGUGUGUGGAGGGGAGGCGGGUGUGGGGGAUGAUUGUGGGCUGAGAUUUGAGAUUGGGGUGUGUGUGGUGCUGGUGGGUAGAGUGUUCACGCUACAACUGGCCAAGGAGCUGCAGCUGCAGGCGCAGCAGAGGGAGCAGCAGAUCCUGCAGCUGCAGACGCAGCUGUGCCACAUGAUGCUCGCCAAUGCGCCCUUCCACGCCCUCAUGGCCCCCGACGCGCGCCCCUCCGUGCGCGAUCUAGUGGAGUGCGACGGUGCUGCCCUGCUGGUGGAUGGGGAGUUCUACUCCUGUGGGACUGCACCCACCAAGGAACAGGUGCUCUCCAUUAUCGAGUGGAUCCAAACAGCCCACCCCAACACCACGGGCCUCACCAUCGACAGCCUCCUCGCGGCCGGCUACCCCCACGCAACCUCCCUCGGGGACUCCGUGUGCGGGGUAGCAAUGGCUCAGAUCGGCGAGUCUGACUUCAUCCUGUGGCUGAGAUCGCACGUGCAGAAGCAGAUCCACUGGAGCGGCGCGAAGCAGAAGCCCGGGAAGGCCCCGAAGGACGAUAUAAAGAAGAUGAACCCGCGGCAGUCGUUUGAGGCGUUUCUGGAGGUGGUGAGGCACCGGUCGGCGCCGUGGCAGGACCUGGAGGUGGACGCGAUCCACUCGGUGCAGAUCAUUCUCAGAGAUGCUGUUCACAGGAUGCGCCUUGGUGUUCCCGUCGGGGGAGGCGGAGGCGCUGCUGCUGAAAUGGCGCUCUCUCCAGAGGAGCUGGACAAGCUGUACGCGGCAACCUUUGAUCAGCUCGUGCACUUCAUCGAGACGGCGUCUGCGCCGAUCCUGGCUGUAGAUCGUGAGGGGUGCAUCACGGGGUGGAACAACAAGGUGGCGACGCUCACAGGGCUGCCCUUCUCUGCCGCCAUCGGGAAAUCUCUGGUCGACGAUCUAGCAGACGUGCAGUCCAAGACGCAGCUUCAUGCUGCUCUCGACCUCGCCUUCCAAGGGCGCGAGGCACACAACAUUCAGCUGCGCCUGCACUCGUGGGGAACAGAGCGCAGCCUCUCCGGGCCCUCAGCACGCACCGCCAGCACAGGCAGCGCUGCAGCCGCUGCAGCUGCUUCCGCCACAGCAGCAGCUGGCAGCACCGCCGGCGGCGCUACAGCCGGUGCCGAGGCCCUUGGGAUUGACGUGGGGUCGUCUGUGAUCCUAUUGGCCAAUACGUUUGUGAGCCGCGACGCGCAGCAGGAGGUGCAGGGGGUGUGCUUCGUGGGGCAGGAUGUGACGGUGGAGAGGGUGGUGAAUGACAAAUUCAGGAAGGUCAAGGGGGAUUAUGAAGCGAUUGUGCACGCGCACAGCUCGCUCAUCCCCCCCAUCUUCGGCUGCGAUGAGUUUGGGCUGUGCACGGAGUGGAACGCGGCGAUGGAGAGGGUAACAGGGUUCACGCGCUUUGAGGUGUGGGAGCGCAUGCUCAUCGGGGACGUCUUUGGCUCCCUCUGCCGCAUGGAGAGCGGCGACGCCAUGACGAAGCUCAUGAUCAUCAUCAGCAAGGCCAUGGCCGGGCACGAGGCUGUGAAGGUUCCUUUCUCCUUCCUCAACCGCCAGAGAACUCUGAUGGAGCUGCUGUUAUCUGUCCAUCCAAGGCAUUCAGCAGAUGGAAGCUCUGUCGUGGGCGCCUUCUGUUUCCUCCACACGGCCUCUCUGGAGCUCCGGCAAGCCGUCGACAAGCAGAAGAUUGCGGAAAAGCUCGCCUCAGACAAGGCUAGGCAGGUGGCUUAUGUGAGGGAGAUGAGCCGAGGACCGUUGGAUGGGCUGGCGUACUCGUUUGCGCGCAUGGAGAAAAUGGGCGUGGGGUUCUCGGGAAAGCAGCUGCCGUGGGUGCGCACGGGCGUGGCUCUGGAGACGCAGCUGCGGAAGAUUGUGAGCGACACUGACAUGCUCGCCAUUGAACAGGGCCAAGCACCGCUUGCUACGCUGCCGUUCACCAUGGAGACCGUGUGUGGGGCAGUCAUCAGCCAGGCUACCCUGCUAGCCACGCGCAAGGGCGCCAAGCUCACUCUCGAGCUGAGCAGUGACGUCAAGACGCUGCCGCUGUGUGGGGAUGCUCCGAGAUUGCAGCAGAUUCUGGGCGGGCUGCUGUGUGCAGCAGUGAGCCACACGCAGGCCACGGGGCUGGUGAAGCUGGAGGUGACUCAAAAGGGGUCGCGACUCUUCCGAGGGACCACAACCAUGGCAGAACUCGAUAUAAGAAUCUCCCACACGGGUCGGGGCCUCCCAGAGGAGAUAAUCAACCAGAUGUUUGACUCCAAUGCUGCCAUCACCUCUACUGCCACCGCCACCACCACCACCGCCACCACCCCAACUGCUGCCUCCUCUGCCGUUGCUUCCGGUGACAGAAGCUUUGGUCGAGCGAGCAGCGAUGGUGGGGGCAGUGUCGGGGGGAUGAGCGUGGGAGGCAUGAGCACGGGGAGCGGUGCGUUAAGAAGUAAUGCAGAGGGUGUCUCGCUGAGCCUUAUGAGGAGGAUGCUGAAGAGUAUGAAGGGAGAGGUAGUGUAUACGAGGGAGACCGGGCGCUGCUUCUUCUGGGUGCAUGUGGACUUCCCCUUGUCCUCUGCUUUACGAUGGGGCGGUGCUGCUGCUGCUGGCGGUGCUGCUGGUGGUGUUGCCGGUGUGCCUGCAGCUGGUGCUCCUGCUGCCCUUUAA